AUGGCCGCUUCCGCAUUUAUUGAGCUCUCGGAGGACGGCAGCGCUAGCCAUGGAGAUACAGGAGAGAAGCGCAUGCUUCAAGUUUCGCGAGCCGAGAUCCGCAAGACGGCCGGUGACAGCGACGGGACUCUGCGCUGGUUACGUCGUCGGGUCAUCGUGUUAUUGGAUUUGUUCAUUUGGGAACCAGUCUGCACCUGCGUACGUUUCUUACAGCUUGCUGUCAUUUUUAUACCGGUGAUAGUGACUGUCCCGGUCAUAUGGUUUGGGAAGCGCUACCCCGAGCGCGAUAACGAACGAACUGGGUCGCUAUGGUGGUACGGCUUUCUUGUUCAAUCUAUGGAGUGGGCGGGCCCAGCUUUCAUCAAGUUGGGUCAAUGGGCCGCCUCGAGAUCCGAUAUCUUCCCCAACGAACUUUGCGAGAUCAUGUCGAAACUCCACGCCAACGCCCCUGCUCACUCAUUGCGUGCGACAAAGCGGAUAGUCCGAGAGGCUUUUGGUGGACGUGAAUUUGAAGAUAUAUUUGACGAGUUUGACGAGAUUCCACUCGGCGUCGGGGCGAUCGCCCAAGUCUACAAAGCCAAGCUCAAGCCUGGCCUAGCACUCUCCGGAGACCCCGACGUCGUUGAAGAACACUCAGACAUCCGGCACAAUGUUCGCAAAAAUGUCGACACCGUUCUGAAAAGUACACCAAAACGAGUUCCUUCUUCCUAUGUGGCCAUCAAGGUCCAACACCCCCGCGUCGAGCGCACUGUGCGCCGCGACCUUCGGAUCAUGCGUUUCUUUGCUUCCGUAUUGAACGUUAUACCCACAAUAGAGUGGCUUUCUUUGCCCGACGAGGUCGAGCAAUUUGGGGAGAUGAUGAAGCUUCAGCUAGACUUGCGCAUUGAAGCAGCGAAUUUAUCCAGAUUUCGCAAGAACUUCAAGGACAGGACCACCGCCUGGUUCCCAUUCCCGUACACCGAAUUUUGCACGCGGAACGUGCUUAUUGAGGAGUUUGCCAACGGCAUCCCUCUCGCCGACUUUUUAAAUAAUGGGGGCGGGGUUUUCCAGCAUGAUAUUGCGUCGGAAGGCCUCGACGCUUUCCUGCGCAUGCUUUUACUCGACAAUUUUGUCCACGCCGACCUGCAUCCCGGGAACAUCAUGGUGCGCUUCUAUGAGUCUGAGCGGCCCAGUUUAAUGCUGCGCCGUGUCCCCGAGGCGAAUCCCGCGAUUGGAGACCCCGCAGACGUCACAGAGCAAGUCUUGUCACGGCUGCGCCCGCAUCGUCACGACAAGGAGCGGUGGAAUGCCGAGUUAAGUGAAAUCGAGCGCCAAGGCUUUCGGCCGCAGCUUAUCUUCAUCGACACAGGCCUAGUGACGGAGCUCAACGACACCAAUCGGCGCAAUUUCCUUGACCUCUUUCGUGCCGUGGCCGAGUUUGAUGGUUACAAGGCCGGUCACCUUAUGUGUGAACGAUGCCGCCAGCCCGAUGCCGUACUAGAUAAGGAGGUGUUUGCCUUGAAGAUGCAACACCUGGUUCUUGGUGUGAAAAGCCGGACCCUCGCCCUCGGAAACGUCAAGAUUGGGGACAUUUUGCAGCAAGUACUAAGCAUGGUAAGGCAGCAUCACGUUCGCCUCGAAGGGGACUUUGUCAACGUUGUCAUCAGCAUGCUCCUUCUUGAGGGGAUUGGCCGCAGCCUCAAUCCAGACGUGGACCUGCUCAGCAGUUCGCUCCCAAUUCUAAGACAACUUGGUACCCAAGGCGGGAAGGACAUGGUUAAGGAGGGUAACUUCCACAUUUUGAAGGUCUGGGUUGGCCUAGAGACACGGCGUUUUAUGCAGGCCAGCGCUGAGGAUGCCGGUUGCCCGAUGCACCAGGCCGGUGCUGACGCCCUCAAGGGCCCCGUCGCUCCGGCUCCAACGCCUUCCUCGUGUCCCGUUCCUCACGGCAAUCCCGCCGCCAACGCCGCGCUCUCAUCCUUCUCCGCCCCGCAUGGCAACACCUUGGAGGAACCUAAAAAAGAGCCGUCGGUGCUCUCCAAGCUUAAUCCGCUAAACUACAUGUUCCAGUCCAUCUCUCAGGAACGGGCGCCCAACCAAACCCACGCCCUACCAACAAGCCGAGACGAGUCGUCCAUCCCGCGAGGCACGGGCGGCGGCAACUGGGAGUACCCGUCCCCACAGCAAAUGUACAAUGCGCUCCUGCGCAAGGGCUACACGGACACGGAUGUCACGGCGGUUGAGAGCAUGGUGGCCGUACACAACUUCUUGAAUGAAGGCGCAUGGGGUGAGAUUGUGGAGUGGGAGCGUCGGUUUAGCCGGGGGCUGGCCCGUGGCUGGGAAGUUAGCAGGCGCGGGGAGGAACACGCACCUGUAACACUCCGGCGGUUGGAGGCCCAGGAAGGAGGGCAGUCGGAGCCGACCCUCGUCAGGUUCCAGGGCCGGCCGCAGGAUAUGACGCCCAAGGCGGCGAUUCUGCAAGCUCUGGGAUGGAUAUAUCCAUCUAAAUUCGGGACCGAAGCGCCCUUUGAUCGCCACGACUGGUUCGUCUCGCGCAACGUCAACGGUGACAAAAAGGAGAUUAGAUAUGUGAUCGAUUUCUACUCGGCCCCGCCCGAACCCACGGGCGAACCCGUGUUCUUCCUCGAUGUCCGACCCGCGAUGACACCAACAGGAGCGGCGGAGCGCCUGCUUCGCUGGAGUGGUGAUGUCUGGUGGAGAGCCUCCGGAGGCGACGUCCGCGAGCAGAAGCGCCAGGAAAAGAAAUAA